AAUGCACCGUCUUUGACAUAUGUCAGUUGCCGGUGUUUCUGUCAAACGCACUUGAAUUUUUUGCUGAGUCCUCUUUUCCACAUUGGUGUUUUAUUGCUAAUAGUUUUAAGCAAAUAACUUAUUAAAAAAACUAGAAAUGUCUACCAAUUCCAAUUUAUCCGUGGCUGUAGUUUGUUCCUCAAAUAUGAACCGUUCUAUGGAAGCGCAUAACUUUCUAGCGAAGAAAGGCUACAACGUGCGCUCCUUUGGCACAGGCGAGCGUGUCAAGCUGCCAGGCACGGCAAUCGACAAGCCUAAUAUUUAUGAAUUUGGCACACCAUAUGACGCAAUAUACCAGGAUCUGCUCACAAAGGAUAAGCAGUACUACACACAAAACGGCUUACUGCAUAUGCUAGAUCGCAAUCGAAGGAUUAAAAAGUGCCCUGAGCGUUUCCAGGAGUGCAAAGAACAGUUCGAUAUUAUUGUGACGGUGGAGGAGCGAGUCUACGAUCAAGUGCUCGAACACAUGGAAUCAUGUGAUCCCAUCGAUAAUCGACCUGUACACAUAUUCAAUGUGGACAUUGAGGACAAUCACGAAGAAGCACUUAUGGGCGCUUUUGUUAUAACGGACAUGAUAAAUAUGAUGGCUAAAUCUAACGACCUGGACAAUGAUAUUGAUGAGCUGCUGCAAGAAUUCGAAUCUCGGCGCAAUAAAACUGUUCUGCAUUCGGUACUUUUCUACUGACAAUUGUACAACCUAUAGACGGAAAUCAAAAUAAGGCAUCGUGCGAUACCAUAACAACACGGGAACUUACAUAUGUUUUGUUGUCAUAGUUUGUUUUGCUGAUGCAAUAGUGUUAAACGGUAACAAAAACUAUCCUAUAAAUGUAUGUAAUAUCACUAUAAACUUAAAAUUGUAUGGAAAGAUAAGAGAAGAAAGAGGGCAAAACAGAAAACUGUUUGCAAAACAAAAAAAGCGAUAUUGUGGCAUACAAUUUACAAAGGAGUAGAUAACAAAAAAAUAAAUCUUUAAUCAAAAGCAGUUAGUUUUGAAGAUAAAAGAAUAUAGUGGCGAGGGAAGAACUAAUGCUAUGUAAAAAAAUAAUAACUGUAAGUUAGUGAUAAUAACGGGAAAUUUACGGAAAGUUAAAUACUUUCAAAAUAUUCACCAAUUAAGUUCUUCAUUGCCAAAGAAAAUAUGACUAAAA